UCUUCAGCAUAUUGAACGCAAAUUUCGCAAGUGCAGUCAGAUUUUCGCGUCUCGUUUGGCUGAGCGGUUGUGUUUACUUCGGACGCUACAGAGAUAAAUAGAUAGAGAGUUGCGUGUCGGUCAAGGUAGAUCGAUUUGUUUGUUACAUUUCCUAUGUACUAUGGCUGUCCUUGACUGAAGGACGAACGUGUCUGUUAACUGCCAGUUGCAAAUCAAGCACAAUUACUACGUUACAUAACGAGCAAUAGGAAAGUGGAAAGAUGGCUCAAAAGAUAUUGCGAAAUGUGACGCACUGCAUCUUCGAUAUGGAUGGCCUGUUGUUGGACACCGAGGUUCUCUACACGAAGGCCGCCCAAAUGGUGCUCGACCCUUAUGGAAAGACAUACACGUUCGAUGUGAAGCAACAGAUAAUGGGUUUGCAGACGCGUCAGAUGGCCGAGUUUAUGAUUAAAGAGUACGAUCUGCCGUUAUCUUGGGAAGAGUACGCCAAACAACAAUCGGACAAUGCACGCGCCCUCAUGGUCGAUUCACAAUUAAUGCCAGGUGCUGAGCGCCUAUUGCGUCAUUUGCACGCGAAUAAAGUGCCAUUCGCUCUGGCUACCAGCUCGGGCGCCGAUAUGGUCGAGUUGAAGACCACACAUCAUCGAGAGCUCUUCAAUCUUUUCCACCAUCGUGUCUGCGGCUCCACUGACAGCGAGGUGAAGAAUGGGAAACCGGCACCCGAUAUAUUUUUGGUUGCCGCCAGUCGUUUUCCGGAUAAACCUGCGCCGGCCAAUUGCCUAGUGUUCGAGGACUCGCCGAAUGGAGUUGAAGCUGGCAAUAGCGCGGGAAUGCAGGUCGUCAUGGUGCCCGAUGAACGACUCUCCCCGGAACGUUGCGCCCAUGCAACAAAGGUGUUGCGCUCGCUGAACGACUUUAAGCCAGAAGAAUUUGGACUGCCUCCAUUUAGUAAUUAAAGUUGGAGUGUCCCUUUUUCAUAUUCUAAAUACAAAUUUAUCGUUGUUUAGCAUUUA